AUGGCGCAAACCAAACCUGUGGUGGACUAUUCCCUGUAUCUCGUAACAGGGCGAGAUCUCCUUCCGCCUGGAAAGGAUUAUUUUGAAUCUCUCGAAGAGUCCCUGCAGGGCGGCGUCACGCUCGUGCAAAUCCGAGAGAAAACCGCCGACACCAGAGAAUUCCUCGAGAUUGCGCGCCAGUCGCAAGCGAUAUGCCGCAAGUACAACGUUCUCAUCCUCAUCAACGACCGCAUCGACAUCGCACUCGCGAUCGGCGCCGAUGGCGUGCACAUAGGGCAGACGGACAUGCCUUUCGCCGCGGCGCGCGCGCUCCUCCCGCCGCAUGCUGUUAUCGGCGUCACCUGUAAUACUGUCGAGCACGUGCGGAAGGCCGUCGCGGACGGCGCGGACUACGUCGGCGUCGGACCCGUGUGGUCGACCCAGACGAAGGCGCUAACGAGCCCGGUGGUCGGCGUGAGGGGUAUUGGCGAGAUGCUCGCCAUGCUGGACGGGACGAACGUGAAAGCGGUCGCGAUCGCGGGUAUCAAGUCCACGAACGUGCUUCAUUGCCUCCACGGCUCCAUCUCGACGACGGGCCGAGCGCUCGACGGUGUAGCAGUCGUGAGCGACAUCGUCGCGUCUCCCGAGCCUCGCUCCGCGGCACAGAGAAUUGCGACCACAGUGCGCGCGUUCAAGGCGUGCUCGCACAACACCUUCUCCCUCUCUCACUUGCCCACCAGACCCGCAUACACCGCACGUGGCAUCCUAGCUCAUGUCGGUGCGAACCUGGAGGCUGUCAAGAAGUUCUCCCCACUGACCCAGCAGAUCACGAAUAACGUAGUCACGACCCAGUCCGCGAACGCGACUCUCGCGCUCGGCGCGUCCCCGAUCAUGGCGACCUCUCCCGAGGAGAUGGCGGACCUGAGCAAGGCCAUCGGCGCGCUCCUCAUUAAUUUUGGCACUAUACAGAAUCUGGAUGGAAUGCUCUCCGCGGGUCGGCAUGCCAAUAUCAAUCGCAAGCCCGUAGUGUUCGAUCCUGUGGGUGUGGGUGCGACUCGGUACCGAAUGGAUUCUGCCGAUGCUCUGUUGAAUACAUGGCAGGCGACUGUCAUCAAGGGUAAUGCAGGCGAACUGGGAGCUCUUGCCAAGUCGCUUGAGGUGCAGGCCAAAGGAGUCGACAGCGUCGGAAAAGGUUUUUCAGAUCCCGCCGCGUUCGUGCGCACACUAGCCAGGGAAGAGCGAUGUGUCGUCGUCCUUACGGGUGUGGUUGACUGGGUCUCCGACGGCACCGUCGUCGUCCGUCUAUCCAACGGCCAUCCACUGCUCAGCGGGAUCACAGGAUCGGGGUGCAUGGUUGGCACCGCCGUUGCGGUCUUCUGCGGCGGCGCAAGUAUGGCAGUGAAUGCUGCCAGAGCACCGGGUGCAGAAGAAGACGCUCAGCUUGUUAGAGGCGACAUGUUGGUCGCUGCAGUGGGAGGUGUGCUUGCUAUUACGGUGGCAUCCGAAUUCGCGGCCGCCAGGGCGGACGUGAAGGGGAGCGGAACAUUCUUGCCCGCCUUCAUUGACGAGUUGGGGAGUCUAACAGCCCAGAAAAUCACCGAAGCGGCGAAGAUAGAAGUCCUAUAA